UCGCUAAAAGCCCGAACCGGGACUGCACGAGUUGUUGUGUUUUGUUUGUUUUCUUUUCGGAAAUACACACCAGUGGAAACAUACACCAAUCAAGCAUAAACGCUUAACACAGGUUGGAAAAACAGCAUUUAAAAAACAAAAAAAAACAAAAAAACAAAAAUGACAAUCUUCGAGGCUAGGACAAUCUUAAUUUGUUUGGCUAUGGUCUCCGUUAUCGCGACGUACCCUGUUGGCAACCCACAAACAGCCGAGAACAAAGGCCGAGGCAGAUCGUUCCCAUUGAUCAUCAGCCACUACUCGAACGUUCGGAAUUCCAAAUACAAUUCACCGCCGGCCACGGAAGCUCCUACGACGACGACGGCAUCGGCCGUCCUGGCAGAGUCCGACGACCUCAUCAAACCAAAGGUGGACGAGGACGACGACGACGUCCGCAGCGCACCGGCUGCCAGCGACGAUGCGAAGAAGAACGAAGAAGAAGAAGAAAAAGCCGAUGAAAAAGUGCAAGACGAAGCAAAGGAUGAAAAGAGCGAGAAACACGACGCAGCGGCGGUGCCCGAUAUGGCAAAGGCUGACUCAGCAGCACCGGUGAACGUUGCCCAAAACGAAAGUAUUUCAGUCGCGACGCCAGCUGUUGAGGCACACACUCCCGAGGAUUCUCUUCAAGUUUCGAAGGCUGAAGUUGAAGCGGUGCCCUCCAACGAGAAAACAGAGGUCGUCGAAAAAACGCAAGAGCCAAAAGUGGGCGAGGGAUCGGCCAACGCGGCUGUCAAAGAAUCCGCUGCAACUGGAACAACGUUGACUCACGUCCAGGAGGAAGUGCAGCCGACACAGACAACCAGUUCAAUCGAGGCUGACAAACCGGCUGCCCUUGGAGAAAGCGAAAAAACAGACCAGCAAGUAAAGGGCAAUCCCGAAAUGGACAUUCCAAACACGACGAACGCCGCCGCCACCGUCGCCGCGGCAGACAGCGUUGCCAAAAUUGAAGAAGCGGCCAAUGAAGAAGUGAAGCCAUCGGAAACCAUCGCGGCUCCAGCUGAAACGGCCAAGGCGGUCGAAUUCACGACCGAACAAGUGAAGGUAGAAGAAGCUGCUGUUGCGCCUUCGGCUGAGGUGAAGGUAACACCUGAAUCGACUCCAGUCGAAAGCUCCAGGACUGCGGUAUUGGCCACGGAGAAAGAGAAAACUAGCGAAUUCUUUGAAGAGGAUCGUUCGUUCAAGGACAGGCCAGAUCCCGAGCUGAUUUUGGCCGCCAUCCGUCAGAGCGCUGCUGCUGCAUUGGGUGUCGGCGAGGAGCAGAAAGUGCUGCCCGCGCAGAUCGACGACGUGGCCAACGAAGGCAUCCGCUUGCAACGCGAUGAUAACAAAAAGACGGCCGAGAAGAAAGAGAAAGAGAAGGAGAAAUACUCGGCCAAGCCGACGAAAGAAAAGAAGCCCGUCAAACCGACGCAGAGCAACGAUCCAGUUCAAGAGUACGACGACAUCGUCACACGAUCGGGCAAAUCCAAGGACGACGCUGAGUCCACCACAGACACGACAGUUGACAAAGCUGUGACAUCAGAUGAGCCCGUCACUGUUGGUCACGUGCCCACCAACUACCCAGUCGUUUUACCGGACGGAGGGUCCACACUCAGUCAUCAAAUUGCAUCAGCGGAAUCGCCAAAAGAAGUCAUUAAGACGCCAGAUGAGGCAAGCACGACAAGCUUGACGCCCACCAAUUACCCAGUGAUUUUACCCAGCGGAGAGUCUACCCUAAGCGACAAAAUUGCGCAAGACGACACGAAGUCUGCAGCGUCGGAAGAGCCCGUUAUUAUUAGCCUGGUGCCAAGCAAUUACCCAGUGGUUUUGCCGAGCGGAGAAUCAACUUUAAGUGAUAAAGUGAAACCAGAAGAUUUGGAAUCACCUAAAACAACAACUGGAGAAAACUAAUCGGUCCGCAAUAAAUCGCAAUCAACUGAGGUCGUUAACGAUAUAAUAAUGCUCGCUAAUUCCAAAGAGUUGCGAGAUAAAUGAUGUGUGGAAUAAUCGAUCGAAUAUGUGUGUUACUAUAGUUUCAAACACUAUCAAAAACAAAAAAAAAAAAGCUUCCAUUUACCUUAAAAAAACAAAAAAAAAACAAAAUCAUAUGAAGUCCGCAAUCGUAACUUGCAGAAAUCAACGUUUCAAAACGACUACAGUUGAGAGGUUUCAAAUAUUGCGGAAAGAAAACCUAGCUUCUAUCUUAUUAUGUCAUUACGAAUUUUAGCAAAAAAAAUAAAUCAUACGAGCCGUUAAAAGUCA